AUGAAUGACAUACAGUGUUUGAUCGACCGUCAACUCGGUAUUUAUUGUCGCCUGAAUUACGACAACAUCUUGAAACGGUUGGUGGUAGACAGUGAGGAAUCGUUCUACGGGCUACAGAAUUCAAAUUUUGCGGCAAGUUUUGAUCAGGACCCUCCGAUAUUUGCGUGUCGAUUUUCGGAGGCUCCCGGUUACGAACACAUACUCGCUCUUGCAAAUGAGGAUGGCAGGGUGGCUAUCCAGGAUACAACAAAUUUGACUAGUGCAAGCACCUUAGAAGGAUUCCAGUGCCAUAACAAUGCUGUUUUUGAUCUGGCUUGGAAGCCACAUAAUAAGAACUUUGUAACUGUGUCGGGCGACCACACAGCAUGUCUCUGGGACGUAGCAGAAGGCAGUCCAAAACGUGUCCUCGUUUUUUCCAGUCACACCCGAUCAGUAAAAACCGCAGUAUUUCGCCCCACGGAGCCCUCAGUGUUCGCCACUGGCGCCCGAGACGGACACAUACUAGUAUGGGACAUACGAGCCAACAACCAACCCUCGGUAGUUCUCAAACCGGACAACAGUUUAAUGAAUUGUCAUUCGAGUUUCAACCCCAAGACUCCUGGCUCGCAUAGCAAAAGGCCCCGCAUAGACAACCACCGUUCAAUCAGUAUUACCGGACUAGUGUUUCAAGAUGACUUGACUCUAAUAUCGUGUGGUGAAUGCGAUGGCAAUAUAAAAGUGUGGGAUCUGCGUAAAAAUUAUAACAUUUACAAAAGAGAGCCACUACCGAAACACUCCAUUCCUUAUUGCGGUAGUUCAACCAAAAAUGGUUACACAAAUCUAAUCAUCGAUGAUGCACGAAUGAGGAUGUACGUUAGCUGCAUGGAUAACGUCAUUUACUGCUUCAACAUCUCCACGUACAACGCACUACCUGAGCAACGAUACAUCGGGCACGAGAACAGCACAUUCUACAUCAAAACUUGCCUCAGUCCCGACAGCAUGUAUUUGGUGAGCGGCAGCAGUGACAAAAAUGCAUACAUUUGGAACGUGAAGUACUCUGAACCGAUUGUGAAGUUGACCGGCCACUGGGCCGAGGUCACCUGCGCCGCUUGGUGUCAGAAGGGAGACACGAAGAUCGUCACCUGCAGUGAUGAUGCACGUCACAAGAUCUGGAGAAUAGGCAGAGAGUUCCCAGACCCCGACAUCGACUUUAAGGGCCGUGCUGAGGUCGUACCGCGCACCGACAUCACUAAUUUACCGCAAUGGGGCUCGCUCGACAAAACUCCUAGUUCCCUCAAACGGAAGUCAACAACUACCCCGGGAUCUUACAGUGCCAAACGCAUGCGUACCCAGGCCAGUGGUUCCAUUAUAAAAACUAAACGGUCUCUCACAGAUCUGAUGAAUGCUUCCAAAGAAGCCGACGAAGCUGAGGUAUCUAUAAAAAAAAUGAAAUUGGACACUAUUGAGGAGGAGCCCAAAUUGCUACCUUCAGGAAUCAAACGUCACGGAGACUUCUUAGAUGAUAGCCCUACCAAGAGAUGCCACAUAGAGAACGCGACCGACUGGUGUUACAUGCCGAAAGCGGGAUCCUCCUUCAUGACUCCCGUGAAGAACUACGAGACCAAAAACUGUAAAAUAAUAUCGCCGACCGCGAUGAAAUCCCUUUCCCCGAAUACCUUACAUAGUAUAUCACCUGACCAAAUAUCUCCAGACCAAAUGAGAAUAUUGUCUUUCACGACCCCAACUAAGAACUUGCCUAAUUUUGUGUUGGCGGGAGAGGCUCCUCACCUUAGACUGAUGUCCCCUGUUAAGAAGAAAGACACACCAACUGAUUGGUUAACACGAAUGGUGCGAGAGAAGAAAGGGAAAUGUAGUGAGAUAGCAGAUAAGUGUAAUGUGCAACCACCUCUAAGUCCCAAAGAGAAUUACCCAACCCGUAGAAAUUCUGUUACGGAGAAAACCCCUAAACAAAAUAAGAAAAGUAGGACAUUAUUAAAAUAUUUUAGUGUAACCAUUAAAGAUAAGUAG